AUGUCAACCAUACCUCAACUAACACCACCACAACCUCAACAACAACAACAGCAGCAAUCAGAUCAAAAAUCAAAACAAACUAAUCAACCAAGUAGAAAACGUAAUAGACCAAGUCUUGUUUGUACAAAUUGUAAGUCAAGAAAAAUUAAAUGUGAUCGUCAAUUACCUUGUUCAAAUUGUAUUAAAUCUAGAAAAAAGGUGGUCUGUACUUAUGAUGAUGAAUGUCCAAAAACCAAUGAUCAAUCAAACAAAACUCAAAACAAUAUACAACCAUAUGAACAAAGUGCAAGGCAACCAAUAAAAUUUGCAAAUCAACAAAUAACUCCACCUUACAUACAAGGCAAUCAAAACUUACAAGAACAAAACAAUAAUAAACUUAUUGGAUCCAAAAGAAAUUCAAAUCUGAGUAUUAAUAGUAAUGAGUCUAAAAAAUCAAAAGUAUCUUCUUCUUCUUCAACAACUACCGCGAAUGAAGAUCAAGUAGCAUUAGAAGAAUUAAAAUUUCUAAAGCAAAGAAUUGAAAGUAUGGAAUCAAAAUUACAUCAAUCACAAUCAAAUUCAAAUCAACAAACACCAACUAGUCACAACAAUCAAAACUCAAGAAAUUUUAAUAACAUAUCUCAACAAACUUUAUAUUCAGUACCUUCGCCAGUCUUACCACCUCCAUCUUCAAAUGUCUCUCAUUCAUGGAGUCCCGGAGCUUCAACACUUGGAAGUACUCAAUCUCAACCAUCUCAAUAUACCACAUCAUAUAAUUUAUCAGAUACACGAGUAAGAUCUCCACCGGUUCAAUUACCCCCUAUAACUCUUAAGGAAUAUUACUCGCCUUAUGAAUCAUCAAUAAGUAGUAACUCAAAUAAGCCAUCUCCAUUAAAUAAUCCACCGAUAAAUUCAAAUUCAAAUGAUUCUAUGGAUGGUAUUAAUCCAUAUUUAAAUGAUACUGAAACUAUAAAUUUUUUUGAAAAUUAUUCAUCAGUGUUUUGUAAAGAUUAUAAACGUAUAAAUUAUGGACCAUUUGCUUGGUCCUCAAUGAUGAGAAGAGAUGAAGUUUUGAGUUUGUUAUGGAAACACGUUGGUAAACAGAAAGAAAGUACUCAAGAUUUAGCUAUAUGUCCAGCAAAUGCUGAAAUAAAUCAAGAAAAUACAAUUAUUGUAACUAACGAAAGUGAUGAAUCUGAAGGUGGUUUUAAAAAACGAAUGUUAGAAUCAAAUGGUUAUAGCGAUGUUGUACCUUAUGAUUUAUUAAAGGAAAAAUUGAAAAAGAAAAUAAACAAAGAUACAUUACCAUUAGAAAUGUCAUUAUAUGAAGGUCAAUUUAGUUGUGAAUUUCAAUUAAUUGAUAGAAUUCGUCAAGUUUUUCCAGCAAAAAAAGUCAUUUGGAAAUUAAUUGAUAGGUUUUUCACUUAUUGUUAUCCUUUCAUGCCAUUUUUAGAUGAACAAGAUUUUUUGGAUUCUGUUAUUAAAAUUAUUGGCCCAAGAUCAUAUGAAGAAAAACCUAUCGAAAACCUCAAAAUUGAAAAAAGAUUAGAUUUAGCAAUUGUUGGAGUGUUAUUAAUUGUUAUGAGAAUAACUUAUUUAUCAUUAUUUUCAAAUAAAUUACAAGUGAAUGAAGAAAGAUUAACUACAAAUGAUCCAUCUGAAAAAGCUCAAGAUAUUAAAUAUUUAAUGCAAAAUCCAAUAAGUAUAAUAUCCAUAAAUCUUGCAACUUUUUGUUUAUAUCAAUUUGAUAUUUUAAGAAGAACUUCAAUGCCAGUAUUACAGUUAGCAUUUUAUAUAAGAUUUUAUUAUAUGUUUGCACCAGAGGAUGGUGAUGAUGGAGAUGGAUCAGAUACAAAUGCAUUUUCAGCACUUUUAAUUCAAAUGGCUUAUUCAUUAGGUUUAAAUAGAGAACCAGAAAAAUUUCCAGGAAUAUUACAAAAUCAAAGGAUGAAUCAUUUAGGUAGAAAGAUAUGGCAUGUUUUAGUACUUGGUGAUUUACAUCAAGCUUAUGCAUUUGGAAGUCCAAUGUUGGUUGAUCCUGAUAGUUUUGAUACAAAAAUACCAUUUAGUAAUAAAGAAAAUUCAAAUGUUAUAGAUUACGAAUUGGAUAAGAAAAUAACUGAUGUAUUUUUCCCAAAGAGUUUAAAGUUAUAUGAAAAGUUACGAGCUAUUUUGAAAAGGGUUUUAUGUAUCGCAGGAUCAUCAAAAGUCAGUGAAAUUUGUAAUUUAAUAAGUGAAUUUGAAGUUUCAAUGGGAGAGAAUUUUUCAUCUUUAAAAAAUUUAUUAGUUAUAACUCCAGGAUCUCAUAUAUUUGAAAGAAAUUUUAAAGCAAAAUUUUAUAUAUCUUUAAAAUCAUUUUUUGUUUCAAUUUAUUUUCAUAUUUUUUUACAUUAUGAACAUAAAGAUGUUGGAUUAGCUUUUUUUUAUUUGAAAAAAAUUUUAAAAAUUGCAGCAAUCGAUUUAAUGCCUCAUUAUUUUGAAUUAAUGGGUAAUUCAGAAGUUAUUUGUGAUAUGUUUAUCAACCCUAAAUUACAACAAAUUAUUCAUAAAUUAAAUCAAGUUUAUUUUGCAUUAAUUAUUAGAGUUAAUUUAUCAAUUUAUGGAUUGAAAUCAAAACCUGAUCAUGAAAAAAGAUGUUAUUCAGAUACUCAAUAUUAUGAAUAUUAUAAAGAGUUAUGUAAAUUUUCAAGUUGUUUAACAAGAUGUGCAGAAGUCUCAAUUGCGGCCGUUUCAAAAUUAAGUUCAAGAUAUUUUUAUGCAUGGAAAUUAACUAAGUCACAUACUUAUUUACUAAAAAUUAUAACAACUAUGGAUUUUUAUAAAGAUCAAUUUGUUGAUAAUAAAACAACUUUAAAAUUACCAGAUUUCUCAACAAUUCAAAUUGAAGAAAUUGUCGUAAUGUGUGAAAAGGCAUUAAAAAUAUUAGGUAAAGAUGGUCUUUUGGGUAACGAAUUUUGUAAAGAUGUUACAUACAAACAAUAUAAACAUCAAAAUAGUGUAUCAUCAACAGGAUCAGGAUCCACUACCUCAAAUUCAUUAAAUAAAUUAACUCCAAAUUCAGAUAUUUCAAUUACUGAUGCAAGAACAUAUACAAAUGAAUUUGGAUUAGAUGUUGCAACAAAUCAAGAAAUUGAUAAAAUUUGGUUACAAAUGUUACAACAACAACAACAACAACAAAUCCCACAAAAUUCUCAAGAGAACCCAGCAGCUGCAAAUUUACAACCUCAACAACCAUUAUCACAACAACAACAACAACCUCUACAGCAACAGCAACAACAACAGCAUCCAUCAAAUCAAUUCCCACAAACUCCUCAAUUUAAUGACAUUUAUGGUAGUGGUAGAAACUAUUCACCAUUUCCAACAAAUUGGCAAACUGGUUCAACUCCAUAUACUUCUUUUGAUCAAAGUCAAUUUAAUGGAAACACUAAUGGUGGAAUUAAUAGUGUAACUAAUAGUUUCAAUGGUGGUGUAGGAUUUACUGCUUUACCUAAUGGUGGUUUUGGAUUUGAAGAAAAUGGAUCAUUUGAUUUUUUUGCUGAUUUACCUUUUGAUCAAAUGUUUAAUGUUAAGUAA